AUGUCGCCAUUCGUGCUCCGCACGAAGAUCUGGGGAGAUUUCCGAUUGAAGGAAAGUGGUCACAUCAUAGCCGUCAUCACAGGCACCGAUGCAGACCGUGGCCACGAAAUGUCUACAUUCUCAACUUUACGGUCUGACGAGUUGAACAUCGAAGUUUUCGGUCUCCAGUCGGGCAAGUACUUCAUCAAGGCUGCGGGACAGGGAUGCAGUCUGCUUCUUCGCUUUGGCAUGCGGUAG